GGAAGGCAAGCGCCCCAUAAAAUGAGUUCAACCACUGGAACGAAGAGAGAAAACAGUUCAACCGGCGUAGUAUCGUAACACCGGCUUUAAAAUCACAGUGGAUGCUACACGCGUUUACUAAAUCGAAUGCCAGUAACAGUUUUUCUUUUUUGGAGAAGUGAUGUUUACGGAGUGAGAGAGAACUUGAUCUGCCAAACCACCUGUAUAAGCAGCGCAGCCAAAAGGACCUGUUGCUAACUUCAAGAAGAUACAGUUUAUGUUGCUUUCACCGCUGGUGCGUGUUUUCACAUCCAUUACAUGUGAGUGUAUUUAGUGAUAUUACGUGCUUUUCUGAGUUGCUGGAUUGGUAAACAAAGUAGCGUGCUUCAAAUAUUCAGCAUAUUUGCUCAAAAAUUAUGAUUUGAAACGUGAACCGUUUGAGUGAUUCAGAAGUUAUCCGUGGAGUUAUUUCUCGGUGUUGACUGCUGAAAUUCCAAAGUUUUCCGAUCAUCCAAAGUUUAAAUUGUGUUCAUAUUUUGUGUGAAAUGUGUUUAGGUCAUCGUUAAAAUUUAGAAAUGUGCUAUGCAAUUUAAAAGUGACUUCAAAAUGUGUGUUGUGUUUCUGAUUAUGAAUCAGUGCUUAGUGAUUGAUGCAUCCGGUCUUCAAAACGUUAUCAUUUCAAGGUGCAAGAAUGUAAACAGUUCUCAAGGCUAGCUGCGAAACGGGGUAAGUUUUAUUUUCAAUUUUAUUUAAAAUUGAUAUAAGUUAUGCAAUAUGCUAAAGUUGGAAGCAAAAGAAUGCAGUUAUUAAAUGCUACAGUAAUUAAUGCCAAUAUUGAUUAUACUGUAACAAGGACUACUAGGUUAAGUCAAAAUAAAGCUAAAGUAAAAUGUGAAUGGCCUCCUCCUAGGACUAGGUUUACAAUUAGCUUUAGGAUUCAGAUGAGGACCAACGUUGUCUUAGUUAUUUUAGCGCUUUUGCUGUUUCUUGUGCGCUUUACUCAAGGACAAGGGCCCGGCCCUCAGGCUGCCGGGCUAUCCAUGAGGUCACGUGAAGCCGAUAUGCGGUUUCAGUUUGAAAUUGAAGAGGGCCAACCUCCAGGAACUGUAGUAGGAAGUAUACCUACCAAGCCAAAUUUUACGUAUCGAUUUAACGAGCGUCCUCCUGAAUUUCUUCUCAAUGGCUCAACAGGUGUUAUAACAACAGCUAUGGAAAUCGAUAGGGAAGAGUUAUCUAGUGAAAGAUUUGAUUUAGUUAUUUUGAGUAGUCAGCCUACUUAUCCGCUGGAGGUUCGAAUAGUUAUUUUAGACAUCAAUGACAAUUCCCCAUAUUUUCCGGAACCCAGUAUUGAAGUUUCUUUCUCUGAAAGUGCCAAUAUAGGAACUAGAGUGAUACUGGAUACUGCAACGGAUGGGGAUGUUGGCGUUAAUGACGUAACUACUGAUUAUAAAUUAGUGUCUGGAAAUGAUGAAGGAAAAUUUAGACUGGUUGUCACUACAAACCCUAGUGGAGAGACGCCGUAUUUACACCUAGAAACAACUGGUCGCCUUGAUAGGGAAAUAAAAUCCUUUUAUCAGUUAAAUAUUUCUGCCCAAGAUGGAGGAACUCCUCCUCGCUUCGGUUAUCUGUUGGUAAACAUUACAGUUUUAGAUGUAAAUGAUAAUCCUCCAAUAUUUGACCACAGUGAUUAUUCUGUGAGUUUGAAUGAAAGUGUGCCUCCUGGUACUAGCGUCCUUCAAGUAAGAGGAACUGAUAAUGAUAUAGGGGACAAUGCUAAAAUAACGUAUUUUCUUCGUGACACUGAGAGUCAAUUUACCAUAGAUCCCCAAACUGGUGUGAUUUCCACUUUAGAGGUUUUAAAAUGUGAACAAAAUUGCCCGACUCAAGACAAAUGCCCUAAAAGUUGUGUUUUUACAGUUAUUGCCCGUGACCAUGGGUUUCCCCAUCAAGACGGGAGAGCUUAUGUAACCGUCACUCUUCUGGAUGCAAAUGAUCAUGAUCCUACCAUAAAAUUUCGAUUUUUUCCACCGGAAGGUGUCUAUGCCACAGUUGAUGAAAAUGCACAGAAUGCAUCUGUAGUUGCUGCAGUGAGCGUUAUUGAUUGUGAUGAAGGUCAAAAUGGUGAAACUUGGGUUGAGAUCCAAGGCGGAAAUGAGCUUGGUCACUUUCGGCUCGAAUCCACGCCCAGCUUUGAUCUCGUCCGUGUUAAUGGCGUCCUUGACCGUGAACAAAUUAGCAAGUACAAUCUCACGAUCACUGCAACGGAUCGUGGUAUUCCUCCUCGCAGUUCUACUGCUUUUCUAAUAAUACAUGUGAAUGAUGUCAAUGAUCAUGAACCUAUAUUUGAGAAAAAUGAAUACUCGGCUGUUCUAGCAGAAACAGUAUUGGUUGGUACCUAUGUUGCUGGUAUUAGCGCCACAGAUGAGGAUACUGGAGUUAAUUCUGAUAUCUAUUAUGCCAUAGUUUCCGGCAAUGAUAGACGUUGGUUUGAUAUUGAUGUUCAUACUGGGUUAAUUACCACGUCCCGUGUGCUCAAUCGAGAAGAUCAAGAUUACGUUGAGCUUAAAAUAUCCGCUAGGGAUGGUGGUCCUAACCCUCGAUGGACGUAUACAUAUCUUAGGAUACAAAUACUUGACGAAAAUGACGAAGCACCAUCUUUUGCCGAACCCUUAAUGAAUGUAACAUUAAUUGAAAGUGCUCCGCCAAAUUCUCUUGUUGCUGUUGUUACAGCUGUAGAUAAUGAUUUGGGUACUAAUGGUAGUGUUGAGUAUUCUUUCCAUCCGGAUGUUGAACGUCUUUAUCCAAAUAAAUUUUUUCUUGAUUCGACUUAUGGUAGAUUGACUCUUAAGCAGCAACUAGACAGAGAAGAAAAUGAAGUUUAUGUUGUGCCAAUAAUAGCUAGGGACGAAGGAACUCCAUCGUUAUCUUCAACUGCUACUGUUCGUAUUGUUUUGCUAGAUGUUAAUGAUAACAAACCUUACUUUUACCCAAAGCAAUAUUUUCACACUUUAAGACCCUCCGAUACCAUAGGAACUAUUGUAGCACGUCUUACGGCUACUGAUGCUGAUAUUGGUAAAAAUGCUAAGGUUGUAUACAAUUUAGUUAGUGGUGGAGAAGGAAAAUUUGAAAUAGAUGAAAUUACUGGUAUCGUUAAAACUAAAAUGCACUUAAGUAAACGAGAAAUGUCAAAAUAUGAAAUAAUAGUAUCUGUUCAAAAUCCUGAUGACAGAAAAAUGUCAGAUCAAGCUGUGAUAUAUGUAUAUGUCGGAGAUACUCAACAUCGUUCUAUUCAGUUUGAUCACAACAAAGGAUAUAAUUUCGUGAUAGAAGAAGAUAUGAAAAAUUCAGAGCCAAAUCUGGGGAGGGAAGCAGGAAGAGUUUCAGUGAGUAGAUCUGUUAGAUCUGGAGUCAAAUAUUCGAUUAUAAAUGGAGAUCCUGAAGGGUGGUUUCAGAUAGAAGAAUCCCUUGGUAUUAUUAGCACUGCGCGUUCAAUCGAUCGAGAAAUCCAAUCUCAGUUUUCUCUUGAAAUUGUUGCAUAUGAUUUCUUGGGAUUUACUCAAACCACGGUUAAUAUUACUAUAACAGAUCUUAAUGAUUUUCCUCCAACUUUCGAACAUCCAAGUGGAUCAAUAGAAGUGAUGGAAGACUGGCCAGUUGGACAUGAGGUUUAUCUCGUCAAAGCUUAUGAUUUGGAUAUGGGACCAAAUGGUAGGAUAGAAUAUUCUUUAUCUGCUCAACCUCACAACACAUUUUAUAUUGAUAAAAUGGCUGGUAUGAUUUAUUUAAAUAGACCUGUAAGAUUUGAAGUUGGGAGUCAGUAUGAAAUUGUUGUAACUGCUCGUGAUCUUGGCGUACCUUCGCUGUAUUCAAAAUUAGAAUUAACGGUAGUGAUAAAGGAUGUCAAUGACAGAACACCUGUGUUUGAUCACGCAUCAUAUGAAACAUCACUACUAGAAUCAGUUCCUGCUAAUGAUAGAUUUUUUCUUCUGAGAGCAACUGACGCAGACUGCGGAAUAAAUAAGCAAAUAACAUACUCUAUAACGGUUGGUAAUGAUGAAAACAGAUUUGGGAUUUUUCCGGAUGGCUACUUAUACGUGAAGAGACCAUUGGAUCGUGAAAAGCGAGACUUUUACUCACUCACUGUGACUGCUCAGGAUAAUGGCAUAGAACCUCGCAGUUCGUCAGUGAAUAUUGUAAUUCAUAUAAUAGAUGAAAAUGAUAAUAAUCCAACUUUUGACAAUAAAACAUUUCAGUUUUAUAUAGCUGAAAAUGAACCACCAGAUACGUAUGUAGGCAGGCUGUCUGCAGAAGAUUUGGAUAAAGGCCGCAAUGCUGAACUUACUUAUACUAUCACGAACAUACAAAGUGAUUUUAUGAUCAAUCCGAAAACAGGAUUCAUAAGAACUUUAUGCUAUUUUGAUCGAGAACAACUGGUUGAGGCCUCUGGACAUGAUUAUUUAGUUAUGGACGCAGUAGUUAUGGAUGGAAGUGUUACUAGAUUGAGAGAUGAAGCUAAAAUUAUUGUCCACGUCACAGACGUGAAUGACAACGCACCAACUUUUAUACGUGUUCCAUACCAUGCUGCGAUUUCUGAAGGAUCUUCGAUAGGAACGCAAGUUAUUCGUAUUACUGCUGUGGACUUGGAUGAUGGAAUUAACGGCAAUAUACAGUAUUCUAUUGUGAAUGGAAAUGCUGAGGAAGUUUUCCAGAUCGAUGAUAUAACUGGUCAAAUUACUGUAUCUAAGCCACUAGAUAGAGAAACAAAUCCUCGUUACAUAUUAACUGUCAUGGCUCGAGACAUGGGCGAAGAUAUUUCGCAUAAUACUACAGCUCUUGUUAGUGUGGAUGUGUUAGACGAAAAUGACAAUGUACCCCGUUUCGAUAAUGCUACUACUAGACUGAUAAAUAUAAGUGAGGAUGCAGCUGUUGGAUCAAGGAUUUUUACAUUUUCAGCUACUGAUAAUGAUUUAGACGUGAAUGCUGAAGUUACAUUUUUAGUAGCUUCCGGAAAUUUCAAGGAAACAUUUCGAAUCGAUGGCCCUUCUGGAUCACUGUAUUUAGCUAGACCUCUUGAUUAUGAAGACAAGCAUAAUUAUGUUUUGAAUGUCUCUGCGACAGAUGGAGGAACUCCGAGAUUGUCAACAACAAUACAGGUUGUCGUGGAAGUUUUGGACGUAAAUGAUAAUGCACCCCGUUUUUCUAGUACUGCAGUUGUAAGACAAAUAGAAGAAAGCAUACCACCGAAUACCCCUGUUGUAACUCUGACUGCUCAGGACCGAGAUUCAGGAGUAAAUGGAAAGAUACUUUUCAACAUAUCGCAUCAAGAACCUCCUGGAAAUCAUUUUGCAAUGCAGGCUGAAACCGGGGUUUUAUAUACUACAAAAAGUAUUGACCGAGAAUAUAGCGACACUUUUCGCUUGACAGUUGUAGCUACUGAUCAGGCGGAAGAUCCAUCAAUGCGAUUAUCUGUUGAAAAAACAGUAACUAUAAUUGUAGAAGAUAUCAAUGACAAUGCACCGACAUUUGUGUCAAUGGAUGCAGGCGUUUUGCCUGGAGGCAUAGAGAAAGGUUAUAAAAUCAUGACUUUGUCCGCUAGUGAUCCUGAUGCAAAUAACAAUGGUAUGGUUACUUAUGAAUUAGAAGGUGGAGACUCAGCCUUAUUUAGUCUCGAUAGGCUAACUGGAGAUUUAUAUACUUCUCGAUCUAUAGACCGACCAGCAGUCACGUAUACACUCACAGUGAAAGCAACUGAUCAAGCUGUCGUGUCCGUUCGAAAAUCAUCGAGAAAUAAAGUAACUAUCAUUGGUACUCUACGGAAUAGUGAUGGUCCUGUAUUUGGAUCUGCAGAAUAUACUGGCUCUGUCUUGGAAAAUAAACCAGUGGGAACUAGUGUUUUGAGUGUAAGAGCACAAUAUCCUCAUGGUCAAACGGAAAAGCAGGUGGAAUACUUUUUAACUGCUGUGACUAAUGCUGCCGGUGUGCCACAAAGCCGUGUGUUUGCAAUUAAUCGGUUUAGUGGUGUCAUCUCAACUGCUUCAGUGCUGGACAGAGAAGGUGGUGCAAGGAUGUUUCACCUUGAUGUUUACGCAGUGGACACUGUAGCACAAAGCCCCAAGACUUCAAAAGCAAAG